AUGGCGAACACUCCCCAUGGCGGCGUCCUCAAGGACCUGCACGCGAGAGACCUCCCUCGCCAGGCCGAGCUCGCGGCCGAAGCAGAGACACUGCCGGCACUCCUUCUCACCGAGCGCCAGCUCUGCGAUCUUGAACUGCUGCUCAAUGGAGGCUUCUCGCCGCUUGAAGGUUUCAUGAACGAGCAGGACUACAAUGGCGUCCUCAAGGAGAACCGCCUCGCCAACGGGGCGCUCUUCAGCAUGCCCAUCACCCUCGACGUCGAUCAGGCGACCAUUGACGAGCUGGCCCUGAAGGCCGGCGCCAGGAUAACGCUGCGCGACUUCCGCGACGACCGGAACUUGGCCAUCCUCACCGUCGACGACGUUUACAAGCCGGACAAGACGCUGGAGGCCAAGGAGGUCUUUGGAGGCGACGAGGAGCACCCUGCCAUCCGGUACCUCUUUAACACUGCCAAGGAGUUCUAUGUGGGCGGCAAGCUUGAGGCGGUUAGCAGGCUGCAGCACUAUGACUUUGUCGAGUUGCGCUACACCCCCUCUGAACUCCGUGCUCACUUCGACAAGCUCGGCUGGUCCCGGGUGGUUGCCUUCCAGACCCGGAACCCGAUGCACCGCGCCCACCGAGAGCUGACGGUCCGUGCUGCUCGCUCCCACCAUGCCAACGUCCUCAUCCACCCGGUCGUCGGUCUCACCAAGCCCGGUGACAUCGAUCACUUUACCCGCGUCCGCGUGUACAAGGCUCUCCUGCCCAGGUACCCCAACGGCAUGGCCGUCCUCGGCCUGCUGCCCCUAGCAAUGCGCAUGGGUGGUCCGCGGGAAGCCAUCUGGCACGCCAUCAUUCGCAAAAAUCACGGCGCGACACACUUCAUCGUCGGCCGUGAUCACGCCGGUCCCGGAAAGAACAGCAAGGGCGUCGACUUCUACGGCCCCUACGACGCCCAGUACGCCGUUGAGAAGUACCGUGACGAACUCGGCAUCGAGGUGGUUCCUUUCCAGAUGAUGACGUACCUGCCCGACAGCGACGAGUACGCUCCUGUCGACCAGAUCCCCAAGGGCGUCCGGACGCUCAACAUCUCCGGCACGGAACUGCGCGCGCGGUUGCGGAGUGGGCGUGAGAUCCCCGAGUGGUUUUCGUAUCCUGAGGUCGUCAAGGUCCUGAGAGAAUCGCACCCGCCCAGGUCACAGCAAGGCUUCACGGUUUUCCUGACGGGCUACCAGAACAGCGGCAAGGACCAAAUUGCUCGGGCGCUUCAGGUCACGCUGAAUCAGCAGGGCGGCCGCUCCGUGUCCAUGCUGCUGGGUGAGACGGUCAGGCAUGAGCUGUCGUCCGAGCUCGGCUUCAGCCGCGAGGAUCGUGACAAGAACAUUGCUCGCAUUGCCUUUGUCGCCUCGGAGCUGACGAGGUCCGGUGCUGCCGUCAUCGCCGCGCCGAUCGCUCCCUUCGAGCAGGCGAGAAAGCACGCUCGCGAGCUCGUCGAGAAAUAUGGCGACUUUUACCUCGUCCACGUGGCGACGCCGCUCGAGUACUGCGAGAAGACAGACAAGAGGGGCAUCUACAAGAAGGCCCGGGCGGGAGAGAUCAAGGGCUUCACUGGGGUUGACGACCCGUAUGAGCCUCCCGCCAAGCCCGAUCUCGUGGUUGACUGCGAGAAGCAGUCAGUGCGGUCCAUCGUGCACCAGAUUAUCCUGCUGCUCGAGAGCCAAGGUCUCCUGGAUAGGUUCUGA